AUGAUUUCCUUCUGUGAUAUUACAAAGAUGUCUGAUAUCGACUGGUUACACAGCCGCAGGGGCGUGUGCAAAGUAGAUCUCUACAGCCCAUCAGGACAACAAGAUCAGGAACGGAAAGUGAUAUGCUUUGUGGAUGUAUCCACCCUGAAUGAUGAAGACAAAGAUUCCAAGGGUGCUUCUGGUUCUAGGGCAGACAGUGACUUAAACCUGGAGAAUCUGGAAGAAAAAGAAAUUAUCGUGAUCAAGGAUACUGAAAAGCAAGAUCAGUCUAAGAUGGAGGGAUCUGUAUGUCUUUUCAAACAAGCACCCUCUGACCCCCUAAGUGUCCUCAAUUGGCUCCUCAAUGAUCUCCAGAAGUAUGCCUUGGGUUUUCAACACGCGCUAAGUCCCUCAGCCUCUAGCUGUAAACAUAAAGUAGGAGACAUAGAGGGUGAAUAUAGCAAAAUACCCUCGGGGAACUGCUUCAGUGUGUACGCUGAUCAACUGAACAUGGAUUAUUUAGCCAAUGGACCUCAAAAUGUACGUCUAGAAAUGGCAGCAACUAAGAACACCAACAAUAACCAAAGUCCCUCAAAUCUUGCCAACAAAUCUCCUAGCAAUCAGAGGGCAGUUAUCUCCCCUGAUGGGGAAUGCUCUAUGGAUGACCUUUCUUUUUAUGUCAACCGACUGUCCUCUCUAGUAAUUCAGAUGGCCCGAAAGGAAAUCAAAGAAAAAUUGGAAGGUGGAAGUAAAUGCCUCCACCAUUCAAUCUAUCCACCUUCUGGUGACAAAGGGAAAAUCAGCCCCCACAGUGCUGUCAGCAAGAUUACUUCUGAAAUGGCCCACGAAGCUGUGGAACUCACUUCUGCUGAAAUGCGUGGCCCUGGGGAGGAGGGAAGGGAGGGUGGCCAGAAAACCUUUCUGUACAGCGAAUUAUCCAACAAGAACAAGGGUGGGGAAAAACAGAUGUGCCAGCGAGAUAGUAAAGAAUUUGCAGAUUCCAUUAGUAAAGGGCUCAUGGUUUAUGCAAAUCAGGUGGCAUCGGACAUGAUGGUCUCCGUAAUGAAAACUUUGAAAGUGCACAGCUGUGGGAAGCCGAUUCCAGCUUGCGUAGUCCUUAAGAGGGUGUUGUUAAAGCACACCAAGGACAUUGUGUCCGAUCUGAUUGAUUCUUGCAUGAAGAACCUGCAUAACAUAACUGGGGUCCUGAUGACAGACUCUGACUUUGUCUCGGCUGUCAAGAGAAAUCUGUUCAAUCAUGGAAGACAAAACGCUGCAGACAUCAUGGAGGCCAUGCUGAAGCGUUUGGUCAGCGCCCUUCUUUGCGAAAAGAAAGAGACUAAGUCUCAGAGUCUGUCAUAUGCAACUUUGAAAACUGGAACCCAUGAUUCAAAGUGCAAGAAUCAGAGCCUUGAAUUCUCAGCUAUGAAAGCUGAAAAGAAAGGGAAGGACAAAUGCAAAACAAAACAAGACCAGUGCAAGGCGUUAACAAGUGCCGAGAGAGUCAGCGAACAUAUCCUCAAGGAAAGUCUAACCAUGUGGAAUCAGAAAAAAGGAAACCCAUGUAAAAUGGCCACUAAAUUGUGCACUAAUAAAGAUGAGAAAAGAGAAAAGAUCAGCCCCUCCACAGAUUCAUUGGCCAAAGACCUGAUCGUAUCUGCCCUUAUACUGAUUCAGUAUCACCUAACUCACCAAGCCAAGGGUAAAGAUGCAUGUGAGGAAAAGUGUCCUGGUUCAUCAGUGGGCUACAUGGCCCAGAGUGCCCAAUAUGAAAAAUGUGGAGGUGGCCAAAGUGCUAAAUCACUCUCAAUGAAGCAUCUGGAAACUCGUGGAGCUCCUGGACCAUGUGCCUCCGUAAAGGAGAAUCAACUGGAUUCUCAGAAGCUGGACAUGUCAAACAUCGUUCUGUCGCUGAUUCAGAAACUCCUUAGUGAAAGCCCCUUCAGCUGUGAUGAACUACCUGAAGGUGAGAACAAACAGUCUGCAUGCAAAGCAGCUUCUUCAUCCAAGAAGCCUGAAGAACAAUGCCCGGACAAUCAAGAAGUGGAUUUCAUCAGCGGGAUGAAACAAAUGAACCGCCAAUUUAUCGAUCAACUGGUAGAAUCUGUGAUGAAGCUGUGUCUGAUCAUGGCGAAGUACAGCAACAACGGGGCAGCCCUUGCUGAGUUAGAAGAACAGGCAGCCUUGGCGAGCAAUCCCAAUUUUGGCUCCCAAUGUGCUCAUGAAGGUGCGAUGUCGCAGAGCUACCAGGAUGCUCCUGGGCCUGGGCCUGAAGUUAUUGUCAAUAAUCAAUCCUCGACAAGUAACUCGCAGAAGCAACUGCAGGCUGUCCUACAGUGGAUUGCAGCUUCCCAGUUUAACGUACCCAUGCUCUACUUCAUGGGAGACGACGACGGACAACUGGAGAAGCUCCCUGAGGUUUCAGCCAAGGCAGCAGAGAAGAGUUACAGUGUAGGAGAUCUUCUUCAAGAGGUCAUGAAGUUUGCCAAGGAACGACAACUGGAUGAAGCUGUGGGUAACAUGGCUAGAAAGCAACUGUUAGAUUGGCUUCUCGCUAACCUGUAA